UAAACAUCCUCGUGCAGCGGCACGUAACAGAAUUAGAAAUUGACCAUUCACUCCGAUCAACUAUCCUUUUCCUCACUCCGAUAGGACCGCCGGAGUAUCUAUUUGUUAUGGUUCUAUCCUAUAUUCCGUUUUGUAGUCAUUACUACAUGGAAUAAGGUGGUUAUUGAAUCUUUGUUCAGAGCGGUGGUCAAGAACGAGAUUGCUACAAACAGUAACGAAGUUAGUGCUAACUUGUAACUUCGUCGUAGCAGUGGCUGGUAUCUUUCAGGAUGUAAAAGGGAAAUUACUUGAUAUGGGUUCGGAAGCGAACUCCUCCUCCUCUGCGUCAUCGGCGGCGGUGGCGGCAGCGGGGUCUCCUAGUGGGAAACGAAGUAGAGAUCCCGAGGACGAGGUUUAUCUUGACAAUCUCCAUUCCCACAAGCGUUAUCUCAGCGAGAUAAUGGCCUCAAGUUUGAAUGGGUUGACAGUUGGUGAUCACCUGCCUUAUAAUAUCAUGGAUUCCCCUGCAAGGUCUGAAAGCAUUUUCUAUUUGAGGGAUGAGAUGUCUUUGGAAUACUCUCCCAUGUCUGAAGAUUCUGAUGACUCUCGGUACUAUGAAACUUCUAUCAAUACUUGUUCGGCUCAGCCUGAGAGCAGACCAACCAGUCCUGUAUCGCCUUAUAGGAACCAAAGACAGCUGAUUGGGGUUUCUUCAGGCCUUCCCACCACAUCGUAUGCUGCACAUAGUUGUCCUUCUGCACCUGCCACGUCUUCACAAUCUCGUCAACGAGGCUCAGAUUCUGAGGGUCGUUUUCCAUCAUCACCCAGUGAUAUAUGCCACUCUGCAGAUUUGAGGAGAGCUGCACUUCUACGUUCCGUGCAAAUGAGGACACAACCUUUAGGGUCAUCAUCAUUUGAUCCACCAUCGAGUUCAGUUCAGGAGCCUGGGCAUAAUAUGGAAACAGAAGAUCGCCCAUGUUCUUAUAUGAAGUCUUUAGUAGAUGAUACGGGAUACCAGAUUGAAGAAUGCUCCCCAUUGACGAUAGAGCCUAAAAACCAGGAAAAAUCUUGUGGAACUUUUAACACGAAUUUGAGAAGAGACGAUCCUGGGGAAUAAAUUACAGACGAGUUGAUGAACUUUCUUGGACUUUCAAUGUCCACACACGUGGGGAAGGCCAAGUCUGAAGAUUGUUUCUGCUCGUUUGGGUCGAACAAGAUGGUGUAAACGUUACUCCUCAUUUUAGUCAAAGUAAUUGAAUUCGUUGCAAGAAGGGGCGAAGUGGCAAGGAGGGGAAGUGGGAACAUGAGAGUACAACUUUCAUCUUACAAAAACAAGGUAUAAUGGCAAAGUAUUUUCGAGAAAAAAGAUAGAGAACCGUCUUUUGACUAUUCUGCCAAUUUUUAGUUAUCAGAUUUUCCCCUUCCUUGGAUAAGAAGGAUGGCAGUUAAUUCCAAUGGCCACAAACAGUAAAGGCAGCAUUGAUGGAAGGGGAGUGCUUCUAACGACAGAUUUAUGAUCACUCAUUCAGGACAUAUAUCUCUUUUCCUUAGAAGCAGGUCUUCAGGAUUUUUCUCUGGUGUUUCCGCAAACCGGUAGUCUGGAAAAGAAAUGCAUUACUAAUGGUCUGCUUUUGGGUUUUCGCCUGUUCCCCACAUUGACAUUACUACUGUUUCAUUCCAUUUUUAUUUUUUCUCCUUUAGCUGUUGCUUAUCGUGUCAUGGUGGCAAAAGGACUUGGGGACCGUUUGAAUCUUGCACUUUAUUCUCAAGGUAAAAAAAAGA